UGUUGAGAGGUGAGCAUGUCUGAUGAGCAGUUUGGUUAAAUGGCAGGCUUUAGGUAGAAUCGCAAGGUGUAUGAAUUCUCCCGGCAUUGCUGUCUUAUUCAAUCUCCCUUCUACUCGUAGCACUCGGUCAACAAACAUGGGGUCAAGUUUGCAGAGUCUGCUGCCCUUCUUAACAGGUGUUUUUCCUUUCUCCAGCAUUGAGAUCUCCUCUGAGAAUUGGCACUUCUGGACAUAUUGGAGUAGAGUCUUUUCAGCAUGUGCAAGAUCCUCAACGGUCAGACUUCGGUAGACACCAGUAGCGACAGCUCGUCCAGCUCCUCCCCUCUGAAGGGCCCUCUGAGCAAGUAUACGGAGGAGAACGAGUUCACACGCACCUCUCUGGGCUCCGUGGACUCGGGAGUGCAGUCGCUCUCCGCCUCGCGCACCCAGCUCAACAACACAGGCCCACAGGAAGUGGCUGCAGCGGGUACAACAAAGCUCUCCUCAGCUGACAAGAAGAGCCUCGCUCAGGAGGAGCAGCAGGCCUGCUUGACCAAGGCCAAGGGUGAUGAGGGACAUGAAGGGAACAAGGCGGCCAUCUUGGAAUCAUCCAAGCCCACCAGCACCACCACCACUGUUGCAUCUCCUUCCACCACCACACCCAGCCCCAAGCUGUUAGACUUCUCGGUGCUUCGCGAUGGCGGCUUCGUCUGCUAUUCGCUCUUCGGCCUUUUCGCCACGCUGGGCUUCUUCGCGCCGCAGCUCUACGUGAUGGAGCUGAGUGUGAGCUGCGGCGUGUCCCGCGAGGCCGCGCCCGCCAUGCUCUCCACCAUGGCCGUGGCCGAGAUCCUGGGCCGCCUGUCGGUGGGCUGGCUGCUGGUGCGCCUGGCUCCCGUCCUGCGCAAGGUCACCGUGCUGCUGGUCUUGGUGCUGCUGCUGUGUGCGGUGUUGGUGGCCUUCACCCUGGUGAUGGAGUUCUGGGGGCUGGCGGUGUGCUGCGCCCUCUACGGGUUCCUGCUGGGAACUGUCUGCUCCACCCAUAUCCCCAUGCUGGCGGAGGACGACGUGCUGGGAAUCGAACGCAUGCCCUCGGCCGUCGGAGUGUACGUCUGCAUCCAGAGCUUUGCCGGGCUGGCCGGACCGCCUCUGGGAGGUUUCCUGGUGGACGAGACGCAUAACUACGGCUCUGCCUUCUAUUCGUGUGCGGUGGGCAUGGGCCUGGGGGCCCUCUUCCUGGGCCUGAUGAGGCCUGUCAAGCUGGGACUCUGCAGGGGCAGGGGCAGUGGCAACGCAGGAGACAGCAGUAGCAGCAGCAGCAGUAGCAGCAGCCCCUCGCAGAGAUCCAAAGACGUCCCUGUAGACUUCCUGGAUGUGGAUCUGGGAGUGGAGGGCAGCCCAGCCAAAAGCAAAGCCAGGGACAACGGUGUGGUGUGAGGCAGCAGAAUGGUUGCCUGACUAUCAUAGACUUGCAAUCGCGAUACGAUUUGAAUCCGCCGCCGAAGGUGUUCUGUUGCGUCACUAGGAGGGCGCAGCCUGGCUAGCAGAAUGGAACAGUGCUUCAUACUAUGAGACAUCCAUAGGACCAAAUGGUGAACUUGUGGCCAAUGAAGAAAAGGCAGGAGGAGGUCUAUGCUGCUGUAUAUUGAGAAACAGACAUAAAUAAAACACUGUAUACGCGCUAUUGAAGAGA